AUGGACGGACGGAGCCCAAACGCUCGACGCCCCAAAAGCCCAGAUACUGCAAAGAAGCCACCGCCAAAACCAGCGCGGUUGGUCCAGGAUGUUGGAGGCGACACCAAAAGGAGUAACCUCUCGACGGUGUCCAAGACCGAUACGACAACGAAAGGUGACACAAGGAAACUGGAGAGGCACCUUCAGACUGUUCUCGAGUGCCCUGUCUGCUACGAGUACAUGGCGUCGCCCAUCUUUAUGUGCCCUAACGGUCACAAUUUGUGUGGGUCCUGCCUGACUAAGCGCAACGAGUUGUGUCCGACGUGUGACACGCGCAUCGACUCGAGGCGGAACCUGGCGCUCGAACAACUGUCCGUGACGUCACUGUACCCUUGCAGCUACUCGAACCGCGGCUGCCCACAGAAGCUGCCUGCACAUGUGAAGCUCUCCCACGAAGCUGGCUGCGCCUACAGGCCGCUUGCCUGCCCCCUGGUCUGUGGCUGGCGGGGUCGCCGCGACCAGCUGCUUUCCCACGUCACCGUGGUGCACCCUGACCGCUACUCCAUGAAGAACCGUGACCUCCCGCACUUCUGGCAGAGCAUCACCCAGAGCGACUGCUUCCAGGACUACCGACACGCGGUAUUCGCCUUCGGCGAGACUUUCGCCUACGUUAGGCGCUUCAGCAUGGAGCGUCGAAAGAUGCACCUGGCUGUGCUGCUCGUGGGAGACCCAGCGCAGGCGUCCAACUUCCGGUACAAGUUCAAGAUGGCCAAGGACGACAGCGACCGCCACAAGUCAAUGUCGCUGGCGUGCUCUGUCCACUCGUACGAUGAGACCCUCGACGCAAUCUUCCUUAAGAACAGCUGCAUCACUCUAGACUUUGAGACAUUAGUGUUUUAUGGGAAUGGGCCACGUAGCCUAAAGAUAAGCAAAGUGCAACAGACAGGCCACAGUGAAAGCAAACCCAUUGUCGUCUGA